GGAACACAGACCCCAAACACACGUCCUGUUCGUUAACGGUCUUUGGUCAAAGUAUCAUUAGACGAUGCAGGCCCGCGCUUGAUUACGGUCGCUAGACAAGUUACAUACAACCCCCACACACCAUGUGUUUAGCCAUGUUUGUUUAUUUCGAGCACUUUGUACUUGUCCUACUUGGGCUUGUGCUGUACGGUGUGUAUCAACACCAUGGCCUGCGCGGCUUGCUGCGUCUGCUCAUUGUUGGGCUAAAGGAAAUUCCCGGUGUUGGGGAACUUUUGACUUCGGUUUUAAAAUCCGAGGCCAAGAAUUUCUUGAAGACCACAACACUUGCUUCCACUGGCAAGCCGAUGUCUGUUGCUAUCCCCAAAAAAGGACUGACCAAGGAAGAAAUUGAAAAAAAGAUGAUAGAGAUGAAGACGAGAGACACAGAUCACCUAGAGGGAAAAGUCUUUGCCUACACCUACACAUUAACAGACGACCAUUUUAAACUUCAGCAGGAGAUAUACGAACAAUUCACAGAAAAAACUGGCCACUCGCCUGAACAUGAACAGGUGGUCAAAAUGUUUUUAAAAGCGUUCCUGCAUGAAAAUGGACUCAACCCAAUGAUCUAUCCUAGCCUAAGACAGAUGGAAACGGAAGUGGUCGGCAUGACAUGCGCAAUGCUGCACGGGGACAGCGAGACGGUGGGGUUUCUGACGUCAGGGGGGACCGAGAGCGUGCUGAUGGCGGUCAAGACGUACCGUGAUAGGGCUCACAGACUGUACCCGCUAAUCAAAGAGGCGGAAAUUAUCUGCCCCCUCACGCAACAUCCGGCCAUCGGUAAAGCUGCGCACUACUUCGGGUUGUCUAUAAAAUACAUCCCAGUGUUGUCUGACUACACAGCUGAUGUGGACGCUAUGGAAAAGGCCAUCACCCCCAACACUGUCCUGAUCGCAUGCUCCGCGCCCCAGUUCUGCCACGGGAUCGUUGACCCAGUUGAGGAGGUCUCCAACAUGGCGGCCAGGCAUGGCCUGCCGUGUCACGUGGACGCUUGUUUUGGUGGCUUCAUGUUGCCAUGGGUGGAGAAACUCGGCUACCCUGUACCUAAGUGGGACUUCCGGUGUCCAGGCGUGACCUCCAUUUCAGCAGACGUCCACAAAUAUGGCUACUCUGUUAAGGGCGCUAGCGUCAUAGCUUACAAGAACGACGAGAUCAGAAAAUUCCAGAUUUAUUCCUUCGCUUCCUGGCCCGGGGGCUUAUAUGGUAGCCCGUCUCUUGCGGGCACCAGACCAGGUGGCAACAUUGCGGCGUCAUGGGCGGCGCUCAAUUUUCUCGGCGAGGAGGGCUACAUGGCAAAAGCUAAGGACUUGAUGGCGAUUACAGAUUAUCUAAAGGAGGAGAUUAAUAAAAUAGAGGGUCUAUAUAUUCUGGGCAAUCCGCAAAUGACUUGCUUUGCUAUCGGAUCCAAAGAUCCCCAGCUAGAUAUUCUGGCCGUUGCUGAUUUGAUGGAGAAGAAAGGCUGGGUGAUUGAACGCGAGCAGAACCCCAGUUGUAUCCACUGCUCCAUCCUGCCCCACCACCAGGUCUCCAAGGAAAGUCUGAUCGAGGACCUCAAAGACUGCGUCAUCAACGCUAAGGGCCGAAAGCAGCUGUCUAAACAAGGGACAGCCGGCAUGUAUGGGAUGAUGGCCACAAUUCCAGACUCGGCCAUUGUAGAGGAUUUCAUCAAGGAGUUUUUCUCGGCCGUCUAUAAGCUACAGUAGACAUUUGUGUGGGGGUUUCAUCAAGUUUUCUUGGCCGUCUAUAAGCUACAGUAGACAUUUGUGUGGGGGUUUCAUCAAGUUUUCUUGGCCGUCUAUAAGCUACAGUAGACAUUUGUGUGGGGGUUUCAUCAAGUUUUCUUGGCCGUCUAUAAGCUACAGUAGACAUUUGAGUGGGUGCUACAUCGAGAUUUUUUAACAGUAAAAAUAAGUAGCCAGUGAAGCGGUUAGACUCAAAAAAUUAACUCAUCGAAAACACAUUUUAUUUGUAUAGUUGAUUAUGUGCACCGUAUAUAUAUAUAUAUAACAACAAUUAACUUUCAUUAAGAAAAAUUUAAAAUUCCAACCAGUCCCUACCAUACAAACAUAUAUUAUUUACAUUGAACCAUGUUUACUUAAAACAAAACCCACUAACUUAAGUUUGCUUGGUUCAAUUGUUUACCUGUUUAAGUUUAUCCUCAUCAGGACAAAAGAAGGCGGUGUUUGUUUUUGUCACUAAGGUAAAUAUUUAACAAACUGGAAGGUAUUUCCUCAACAGUCAAGGGGACUGAAUUCAAUAUAUUUAAAUACUCAGAACCUCCAUCCAACGAAAACAAAAGAAGUAUUAGUAAAAUUAUUAAGAGUGGUUUUCCUUUCAGGCUCUCUCCAGGUGGUGAGAGAGAUAUACUUAAACCAUUAUCGUCUUCCCACAACCUUGCUUAAGAGACCAAUGCUUUUUGUGUAGCUAUAUUCUAUGGUGGCUUAUGAACAUUAUAUAUCAACACAAUAUUUAAAAUUCAUGUAAAACAUUGACGACAAAAAAAAAACAAAACUCCAAGAUGUCACCACUUUGUUUAUUUACAUGAGCAUAUUCUUCUAACCAAAUCGGCAUGAAUGAAUACAACAUCAACCAAUAAAUUAUCUAUUCUACACCAUCAA